GGAGGCGGAAGAGCUUCUAGGCUCUACGCGCCGAAGUCCCGGGACCUCUGAGGGGCAACCUGGGGUACAGGAAAGGGCCGCCGGGGCGAGCCGGCUGCACUUGGGGUGUCGGAGCCGUGGGUCUGAGGGAUGAGGAGGCGUCAUGGCCAGCGACGGGGCCAGGAAGCAGUUCUGGAAGCGCAGCAACAGCAAGGUCCCGGGCAGCAGCUGCAGAAAAACCGUUUGCGGGAAAAGAAGAGGAUCAGGGAAGUGUGCCGGAGGGAUGUCAGACAGGGAAGAGUGGCAGGUAACCCACAGCACCUGCCCCUGUGGACUCCUGCAGCUGCACGAGGACAGGCGACCUCGCAUCCAGCAUGUGUAUGGCGCCCAGCACCCCCCGUUUGAUCCACUGUUACAUGGCACCUUGCUCAAGGCCACACCCAAGGUGCCGACCACACCAGUGAAGGCCAAGAGAGUGAGCACCUUCCAAGAGUUUGAGAGCAACACCAGCGAUGCUUGGGAUGCUGGCGAAGACGAUGAUGAGCUCCUGGCCAUGGCGGCCGAGAGCCUGAACACUGAGGUGGUCAUGGAGACAGCCAACCGGGUCCUGCGCAACCACAGCCAGCGGCAGGAGCGACACAAGCUGCAGGAGGCCCCGGGGCCGGAGCAGAAGCCAAAGCCUUUGGCAGAGCCUCAUUUGGUCCCAAGCGGUGACCUCCGGCUGGUGAAGUCCGUCAGUGAGAGCCACACGUCCUGCCCUGCAGAAAGUGCCAGCGACUCUGUCCCUCUCCAGAGAUCCCAGUCUCUCCCACACUCAGCGACAGUUGCAUUGGGUGGGACGUCCGACUCCAGUACCCUCGGCAGCUCUGUGCUAAGUGAGAGAGAGGCCUUCCGGCUGGACAAAUUCAAGCAGCUCCUUGCUGGCCCCAACACAGACCUCGAGGAAUUGCGGAAGUUGAGCUGGUCCGGGAUCCCUAAGCCAGUUCGUCCAAUUACGUGGAAGCUGCUCUCAGGUUACCUCCCUGCCAAUGUGGACCGAAGACCAGCCACUCUCCAAAGAAAACAGAAGGAAUAUUUUGCGUUUAUUGAGCACUAUUACGAUUCUAGGAAUGAUGAAGCUCACCAAGACACAUAUAGACAGAUCCACAUAGACAUCCCUCGAAUGAGCCCGGAAGCAUUAAUACUUCAACCCAAAGUGACAGAGAUUUUUGAAAGGAUAUUGUUCAUAUGGGCGAUACGUCACCCUGCCAGUGGAUAUGUGCAGGGGAUAAAUGACCUCGUCACUCCUUUCUUUGUGGUCUUCAUUUGCGAAUACAUAGAGCAAGAGGAUGUGGACGCCGCCGACGUCUCCCGCGUGCCCGCAGACGUGCUGCGCAACGUCGAGGCCGACACGUACUGGUGCAUGAGCAAGCUGCUCGACGGUAUUCAGGACAACUACACCUUUGCCCAACCUGGGAUUCAGAUGAAAGUGAAAAUGUUGGAAGAGCUGGUGAGCCGGAUUGACGAGCAAGUCCACCGGCACCUGGAGCAGCACGAGGUGAGGUACCUGCAGUUCGCCUUCCGCUGGAUGAACAACCUGCUGAUGAGGGAGGUGCCCCUCCGCUGCACCGUUCGCCUGUGGGACACCUACCAGAUAAAAGUUCCAAGGACUAUCAGCUCCACAGGGGGAAAACGGCAGAAGUACAAGGAAGCAGGCCACCAAGAGCAAGAACCAGCAGAGACAGCAGACUGCAGAAGGAGACCCACGAGACUACAGAUGUCAGAGCUCUCUGAGAUGCACUGGAAGAUAAGUCUAAUAUGUUUAAAAUAAUAAAAAGGGUGGUGUGGGAUGAAAGAAGGAAAGGGAAGCCAUCACAAUUUACAAGGCAGGUCUGGAAAAAGAACCAAGUUUCAAAUUUAGAUGAGGUUAGCAGGAACUGUGAUAACAGUUGAAGAGAUGACUAAUGAACUGGAAGAGAGCUUUGAAGAAGUACUUCUCCCAGAGAGACAGAGAGAUGGAAAUAUGAAAAGAGAGGUGAAAUGAAAUGGAGAAUAGAGUGGAAUUUUUGCAGACGAUGGACGUCUUCACUAUGGUGCGUGUGGUGGUGGGUUCACAGGAGGAUACACAUAUCAAAACCUGUCAGAUUAUAAUGUGAGUUUACUGGAUGUUAGUUAUUCCUCAACAAAGCUGUUUAAAACUAAUGAAUAAUCCAACAAAAGUUGACAUGUAGUUUUGGUCUUACCAGACCCCUGCCCCCUCCUCAAAAGACUUUAAGGCAAAAGCAUUACCUGAGAUAAAGGAGGUCAUAUAUAUUGAGAGCAAUAUUGUUCAGUACACCAGGAAGAUAAAACAACAUUAAAUUUGUAUGCACCUAACAACAUAGCUUUCAAAUAGAGAAAACAAAGACUGGCAGAACUAAAGGAGAAAUCAAAUCCACUCUUGUAACGGGAAUUUUUAACACACCACUCAGUUGUUGAUAAAUCAUGAGCAGACAAGAAAACCAAUAAGGAUUUAUAGGAGAUUUGGCCAACACUGUUGAUUAUCUUCAUCUAAUGGACGUGUAGAGGACCCUGUAUCCCAGAACUCCAGCAUACAUGCUCUUUUAACACGCACCUAAUAAGAACAAUAGCUGGCAAUUACAUACUGUUUGCUACGUUCCAGGCUUUCUAAGUGCUUUACAUUGUUUAAUUUAUUUAAUCUUCAUAACAUUUUACAGAUGAGGAAACUGAGGCACAAGGAGGCCAGAUUCCUUGUCCCUGUCACCCAGCUAAUAGGUGGCAGAGCCAGGACUUAAACCCAGGCGCUCUGGCUCCAGGGUUUGUGUUCUUGAUUCUUAACUGUGCUGCCUUAUGGAGCAUUUGUGAAAACUGCUUGUGUCCUACUCCAAAAAGCAAAUCUAAACAAACUUAAAAGAACCAACAUCAUAUAAAUCACAUUCUGUUACAGCACAGUUAAGUUAUGAAUCAAUAACCAAAAAAAAGCUGAGAAGACAAAGCAAAGUUAAAAAUGAACCACGUGUUUAUAGAUUUUAAAAAACAUACUGAUAAGUAAGCCAUGAUUCAAACAAGGAAGCCAUAAAAAAGGAGCAAAGUCUUAGAACUUAAGGAUAAUAAAGGGACUAUUCAUUAAAACUAUGGAAUGCCCCUGAAGUGGGGCUUAAGAGAAGGAAAUUUAUAGCCUUAAAAGCUUGCUAAUAUCAGAAGUGAAGAAAAGCCGAACGUUAUGAGCUAAUUGUCUAUCUUAUGUUAGAAGAAGAACUGAUUGAUUUAAAAAUAAGUAGGAGCUACUCUACUUUUGGGUGUUAGAAAAUAUCGACAAUAAAAAAGAGAGAAAGUAAGUCACUAGAAGAAAGGACGUAAUAAAGACAGCAGCAGAAGUGAAUGAAAUACAAAAGAUCAGCAGACCUAAAACUGAAUCGAAAGUUGGUUCUUUGAACAGACGUGAAAUUAACAAAUUUCAAGCAUGAUUAAUAACUAAAAUGAGAAAAGCCACACAAAAGUGGUAUUAAGAAUCCCAAAUAGGAUAUUACUACAAAUGCAACUGAGAUCAAAGAAAAACAGAAUAUCAUGAACAAAUUUGAAAACUUAGAUGACAAAUUCCUAGAAAAAUUAAAAUCUUCCAAAAUUUGAAAAGGUCUGAAGUAUUUUAUACCCAUAGAGAAAUUGAAUCGGGAAUACGGGUCUUCCCACAAGGAAAACAGGCCCCCCUGUUUUACGGGCGUGUCUAGCAAACAUUGGAAAAACAGAUAUCCCAGUCUCGUGCAGACUCUGAGCGUGGAAGAAGAGGGGAAAAGCAGUAAACACUACCUUCGUACUUAAACCAGACAGGGGCAAUUCAAGAAGGAAAAUGAAAGGCCAGUCUCACAAGUGUGAACGCAGAAAUCCUAAAUGAAAGAUUAGCGAACAGGCCUAGCUAUGAUUAAAAAAUAUAAUAUAUUGUGACCAAAUUGAGUUUAUCUGGGAAACAAGCUUGGUAUGACAUUAAAGAAACUAUUAUACUAAUGUAAUUCACCACAUUAACAGAUUUCAAGGAGAACAAUCAUCCUCUCAAUUGAUGCAGGAAAAGCGUCUGAUGAAAUUCUGUAAGCAUCCGUGGUACGAACUCUAGUAAAUUAGGAAUAGAAGAGAACUGUUCUAACCUGUUAUGUGUUGUCUACACGAAAGGCCUGGAGCAAAACAAACUUCAUUAUCGGGAGUGAAAUGUGGAAAACAGGGUCCCUUUUAAAUCAGGAAGUAGAAGGCAAGGAUGCCGCUCCACUGUCAGCGGUUCUGCUCAACAUACUAAUGACGGUUCCAGCCAGCCCAGUGAAAUAAGAUAACGAAAUACACCCGUCUCUAGUUUUCUCCUUACCAUCCUCUCUCACACACUCAGGUCAGCCCUCCUGCUCGCCAGUGACCUCCCUGUGGCCAAAUCCAGGGGUCACCUCCCAGACCCAACUUGGCCCUUCUGCAGCGUCUCCUCUUCUCCUGUGUUUCCUCCUGGCUCCCUGGAUACUCCUGUUAGGGCCUUCAGUCUUCAGUGUAUGCUUCUGGGCUGGACCACAGACCCACCUUCCUGCACUAUGGAUGCAUCUGUCCAACUGCCUACCUGCCGUCUCCACAUGAUGCCUAACAGGUGUCUUAGGCUUAACGUGUCCACAAGAACAAAUUCACAGCCUGCCACCAAAACACAUUCUCCUGCAGGUUUUUCCACUAAACUCUCCUCACCUUAGGAAUCUUCAUCCUUCCAGGUGUUCAGGCCAAAGAUGUUGGUGUUAUCCUUGGUUCUUCUCUUUCUCUCAUACCCCAUAGCGCCCAUAUUCAUCAGUGUACUUUGUUGACUCAAGUUCAGAAUUCAUCUAGAAUUUGACCUCUUCUCACAAGCUUCAGUGCUACCCCCCUGGCCCCAGUCACUGCCACUUCUUGGUUUUAUGGUUUCUGUGGCCUCCUAACCUCUCUCCCCAGUCUGCCUCUCCCCACCUUGCCCAAGGCCAAGUCUCUUCUCAACGUGCCAGCUAGAGGCAUCCUUUGGAAGCACAGGUUUUUCCUCUGCUCAGAGCUUCCAGUGGUCAUGAGGACAAGCCAGUGACCAGGGAGGCCCUGAGGAUGUGGGCCUCAACUCAGCUUCUGCUUGGCUCACCUCUCUCUCUGUUGCAGCCACACUGAUCUUGCCGUUUCUGGAAGGUGCCAGACAGUCUCAAACCUCAAGGUCUUUCAUUUCUCCACAGAUGUCUAUAUGGCUUUCCCUCUUUGUUUAAAUGUCACCUUGGGUGACUGACCACCAUUUUUAAAUUACAGCCCCCUCUCCCAAAUGUCCCUGGUAUUUCCCAUUGCUCUUCUUAGUGCCUUGUUUUUCCCAGAUCAUGUCACCAUCUUAUACAUUAUACUUGUUAUUUAUUUGCCUAGUAAACUAUUGAUAGUAGUCAUGCAGGUGUCACAUGAGAUGGCACAGUCGUCAAGGCGUCACUCUGAGAGCUGGAGUCUGGAGAAGGCUGGGAUCAGAAGUCGGUGGUGUGUAGUGUGUGUUUGAACUAAGGCGGCAGCAUGGGGAGGGUGCUCCUGAAGGGAGGGGUGUGUGAGCCCCGAGGAAGGGAGCUGAGCCCCGGGUGACCUGCGAUGGAGGAGGCGGAGAGGGAGUGUUGGACGCAACGAGGAGACGUACAGGAUCGUGACUUGACGGGGUGUCACAGCGUCCUUCCCUGCCCCACGACUUCGGUCAGCCUCACUUCCCUGGGAACGCCGGGAGAGCAAGGACGCCCGUGUGGGACAGACCCCGGCAGGUGCUGCCCUGCUGCCCUCCUCCCAUUCAGCCUGGGCAGACAGCUUGGCUUCUGCUCUUGUUUCCUCACCUGUGAACUGAGACUCCCUCCCUCCCAUGGUGGUUGCACGAGUGGACUCGGCCCCUGGUGAAGAAUUAGUGCUCGCUGGAUUUGCCUUUUGUUAUUGUUGGCUAUCAUCUGUGCGAGAGAAGAAAGGAACUUGCCUAAAACCUGGGCUGCUCUUCACCUGCUGUUUGUCAGGCUGCUGGCACUUAAAGAAAAAUUCAUGUUUAUUUUAAUGAGAUGAAAAUUUUGAAAUUAAGGCAUGAAGUAAAAACGAGUAAGGCAGCACCGCUUUGGUCCCCUCCGACCCCUGCCCCCGUCCCCGCGGCCGUGGCAGGCAGCUGCGCAGCCCCGUGGACGCCCUGUGGACGGCCCGCGCUCAAGUCUCUG